AUGUUGCAUAAACUGAUGUUAUGUCACCGGCGCGGCGCCGGCGCCGACGCCUUCGCAGACGUACGGCAAUCUGCAUACUAUUUACGUGCGCGCGCAGCCUUAGUAUGCGAACGUCGUGUGGACGACGCUUGUCCUAUAAGCCCUCUUCCAAAUGUCACGAGCUCUGAAUUAGGACUAAAAGAAGGUAGUUGUGCAGUCGGCGAUUUGGUAUACAUGGCCGGCGACGAGUUCCCCGGCUCCACACCUUGCGAGCGCUGCUCCUGCGCCGCGGGCGCGGUGCAAUGCGAGAAGCAACGCUGCGAGCCGCGGCCCGGCUGCAAGGCGCUGCACCGACCCGAUCAUUGCUGUCCGACUUACCAGUGUGAAUGCGAACAAGAAGGCCGUGUAUAUGGUAAUGGUGAGAAGCUGGUGGACCCAGCGGACCCUUGCCGCGUUUGUUACUGCCAGGGAGGAGAGGUGGUUUGCCGGCGAAUUGCUUGCUUCGUGAGAGAUGACUGCCGGCCGCGCCUAGUCCCUGGCCGAUGUUGCCCGGAAUAUGACAACUGUCCUCUCAGAGGUGUGACAUCUCUGCCCGGGAUUUCACCAUCGACGUUAAGUUUAUCUACAGCUGGCGUAUUGAUAUCCAGUGCAGUUCCCACUGUACCAAAGGAAAACAUCAAACAGGAGAUAACUAUUAAGGAAAUUACCCCCGUCUCUGAGAUACCAAUUAUAACUGAUGUAAAAAUUAAAGAAAUAUUACCAUCGCCCAGUAGCGAGGUCGGCGAAUACUCGUCUUCAAAAUCUCCUCUUAUUCCCCGAGAAGCGACAUCGGAGAAGAAUAUUGCGAAUCAAGCUGAACUUACGGAACGACCGGUAGUAAUUGAAAUACAUCCAUCUUCUUCACCUGUAGUAAUUUCAUCAUCUUUAACAUCGGUGCCUACCACGACAAGCACAGAUAAUUUUUCAACUAUUAAUUUCACUAAUGAUGCAACACCUUCUAAAAUUAGUUUUUCUACACAAGAUUCUGUAAAUAGUGAAAUAUAUCCUUCAAAUGUUCCUAGUGUAGCUACAGCAGGUUCGUCGUCAGUUAAUUUUGGUGUGUCAACAACAACAACAACUACUACUAAAGCACCUGUUAUAAUAGAAGAAGAAGAUACACCCUUUGAUCAUAAUCCAGCUUUCCCGCCAUUACCAGAUGAUUUGUCUGUACUAGGUAGUCAUGAUGAUGAAAUUAUGCCCGAAACAAAUGUUGAUAAUGAGCAUAUUCCCAGUAGUCAUGAAAUUUUAACCAGUACUACUACAUCUACUGAAGCCUCUACUACAAAGAAAGUACAGGUAAAGGUAUUUAAAGAUAUUCCCGAAGAACCAUUGACAACAGAGAAAACGCCAGAAGUUUUUACUGUUUUUACGGAAUCAAGUACAGUUCCUUUAGAGGUUAUCACUAGUACUGAAUUUUCGAGUACAAAAGAAAAUUCAAUGCUUAACCUUAGAUCUGCUAUUCCAACUGAAAUACUAAAUUUACCCUCAUUGGUACCGGAAGAUAUAACUGGAGAGUUAGAUGAAAUAGAAACAACAUUAACUACCCAAUCUACACCAGUUAGUACGACUGCUAACACACCAAAAUCUGAAUCAAAAACAGAGAACCCGAAAAGUGAAAUAGAACCAAGAUCCAGCACGGAAAAUGUAUCAGGAUUUGAUGUCGUAACACCUAAAAGUGUUGAAACUACAGAAUUCUCAUUAAAUACAAAAAAUUCACAAGAACAAACCACGAGUUCAAUAGCUAAAUCCAAUGAAGCAACUGAAGUUGCUUCACAAACGGAAAUUAGUUCAUUGCCUAUCGAGACCAGUGACCAAAAUCCACAUGAUGUGUCUGAGAGUAUAACGAAAGAAAAAAUUGCUGCUACUACAACGGUGUCUUCUUUAGUUGAUACAGUUCCUACUAAAAUUCUUGUCACAGAUCCAGAGAUAAUAACCGUAUCUAAAUUAGCAUCAUUAAAUACAGAAAGUCAUUCAACAGAAAAUAUUGAAACUACAGAAUUUGUAUUAACUUCUUUUGGUUCAUCUGAAAGCGCUACAGAUGGAGUUGAGUUGAUUAAAAUCUCACCAGAUUCCGAUAAGAGUGCUGCCUUAAUUGUAGCAGGGGAGAAACCGAAAAAUAAUGUUCUUACAGAUUUUAUUAAUUUGGUAGGUGAUGUUGCGUCUAUCAGUGAUCAUACUGAUGAACCCAGUGUAACACGUCAUGUUACCGGUACCGCUAGCAUUUCUGAUUCAGAGGAAUUAAUACCCGUUAAUGCCGGUUAUAAAAGUAAAAAUAAUAACUGGAAUGUGAACUCUAUCACUGAAGUUCCGAUCAAAACUAAGAAUCAAGUGCAAGUAACGAAGCAAAAGAUUAUUGAAAUUGAAGACGAUGAUUCUGAGGGUAUCACAGAUGCUCCUCCACCACAUGAUAAAGUUGAGCCUACAACCCGAAGACCUAUUAUAGAUAACGUAUCUGACGAUAUGGUAGCAAAUAAAACAGAUAAGAAAGAUAUAGAAAUAAUAACACAAACUUACGUGCCAUCAGUUAACAGUCGACCUACUAAGAUAAUGAAGAAGAGUGAAAAAACAGUUUCCGAGGAGACAUCUCCAGAUAAUAGUUCUGUUUCGUUAUCCUCUGCGGAGACAGCAACAGAGAGCAAACUUGCUGCUUCAAGCGAGAUCACAACGUCUUCAGGAUUUGACACGUCUUCAGAAACUAGCCAGAGAAUAGAGGCUCUACCAUUGGAUGCUUCUAGCACAACGCAGUGA